UUUCUUUCAGCUCUUUGGGAUCGUGCUCGGCUCCGACAGCUUGCAAUCUACUUCUCGUCUAGCUUCUCGAGAGAGGGAGAGAUGCAUCUAAGCGAGAACGAGGGGAUUGAGGGGAAUCGCUUUGUAGUAACAGGUGGCCUAGGGUUUGUGGGAGCGGCGCUGUGCCUCGAGCUAGUGAGGAGGGGGGCAGAGGAGGUGCGAUCUUUCGAUACUCGCUACAGCUCGCCCUGGUCCCUCGACCUUCAAAAGAAUGGCGUCCGCUGCAUUCGAGGCGAUGUAUCUCAGAGAAUGAACCUGAAGGAAGCUCUUAAGGGAGCAAAUUGUGUUUUCCACCUUGCCUCGUAUGGUAUGUCAGGUAAGGAGAUGCUUCAGGCAAGUCGAAUUGAUGAAGUCAACAUAAAUGGAACUUGCAAUGUAUUGGAUGUGUGCCACGAAGUUGGGAUCAAGAGGCUUGUCUAUGUGAGUACAUACAAUGUAGUUUUUGGAGGAAAGGAGAUCGUUAACGGCAAUGAGUCACUGCCCUACUAUUCUAUUGAUGACCAUGUUGAUCCAUAUGGGCGUAGCAAGUCUAUUGCAGAACAACUGGUCUUGAAGAGUAAUGGCCGUCCAUCCAAGAAAAGGAGCGGUAUUCGUCUUUAUACUUGUGCAAUCCGUCCUGCUGCUAUCUAUGGACCUGGAGAAGAGAGGCACUUUCCAAGGAUACUCUUCCUCGCACAGAUGGGCCUUGCAUUUUUUAAAGUUGGAGAUUCAAGUGUGAAGACAGAUUGGGUUUAUGUGGACAACCUUGUAUUAGCCCUUAUAUUGGCAAGCAUGGGUCUUCUGGAUGACAUUCCGGGCAGGAAGGGACAUCCCAUUGCUGCUGGACAAGCAUAUUUCAUAUCUGAUGGAUCACCUGUAAACACUUUCAAUUCCAUCAUCAACCCCGUGUUUAAAAGGCUGGACUAUGAUGUACCAAAAAUUACUAUUAGCGUUAAGCACGCACUUCUAAUGUCACGAAUAUGCUGGUUCAUAUGCAUGUUUCUUUACCCUUGGCUCAAUCGUCCAUGGGUUCCUGGGCCUCUUAUUCUUCCCGCUGAAGUUUACAAGAUUGGGGUGACACAUUACUUCUCCUAUAUGAAGGCAAAGGAAGAACUCGGUUAUACUCCCAUGACAAGCCCUUGUGAAGGCUUAGCUAAAACAAUCUCAUAUUGGAAGGAUAGAAAGCAAAGAGACGUACCUCGCCCUAACAUUUUUAUAUGGAUCUCUGUUAUUGUCGGGAUGUCUUCUUUAUUCUACACAGCCUUCCUACCAACUUUUUGGCCGCUAAAGUGGUUGAAUUCUCUCGCUCUGUUCAUCUUCAGAUCGGUAUCAAACCUCCGAUUACUUUUCUAUAUUGCAGUAUUACUUCAUGUGGGUGAAGCCAUUUAUGUUUGGUUCCGAGCUAGGAGAGUGGAUUCUGCAAAUGCUACAGGUUGGUUCUGGCAGACAUUUAUUCUCGGCUUCUCGUCUACAAAACUAUUCCUGAGACGAGCCAGCCAGGCAUAACUUCAACCUUUUCGAUGGUAAUUUCUCUUUUCUGGUCUGUAUUUGUGAUCUCAUAAACAUCGUUUCCAAUGGAGUUAGAACUAUCCUGCAAAUGCCUAAAAUUUCAUAAACAGACUAGUUUUUUUUUGUUAGAAUUAGGCGUGCCGAAGUUUGAAUGCAUUGUUUUAGCUUAACGUUUACUACUGCUCAUAGAUCUAAAUGACCUAUAUAUUUAUAGUAUUGGGAUAUACCUGUAAUUAUAAUCUCUUCUGA